AUGUCUACCACAGGAUCCUGCGCGUGCGGAGCCAUCAAGUACGAAUACACUGGCGAACCAGCAGUAACAGGCGGGCCAUACACCUCAAACGUCGUUGUCCCACGAACAAACUUCAAGGUCACCAGCGGGACACCUAAGACCUGGGAUGCCAAGGGCAACUCAGGCAAGAUCAACAAGCACUUCUUCUGCGGCACUUGCGGAUCUGGCUUGUAUACUGAGCUCGAAGUCAUGCCUGAAAUGACUUGUGUCAAGGCGGGUGGUUUAGAUGGUGGUGCCGCAAGCCUGGGUGGAAAGGUCGGUGUCGAGUUCUACACCAAGGAUCGUGUCUCUUAUCUCCAAGGAAUUGAUGGGGCCAAGCAGGAGCCAGUCUUUGGCUGA